CCCAAAACAACAGCAGACCGAUUAUCACAAACGAACAACACCGAUCAUACCACACCUUCCCAAGUCUAGAGAUCGCACCUACCAUCGAGAGAAUCCGAAGCGGCGUGAGGGGCUACUACUGCUGCUGUGCGUUAUCAGGAUGGUUCCCCGCGGAAUCGGUUCAGGUUGCGUAACUUGCGCCGCGCUACUGACUGUCUUCGAAAAAUCCGUGCCCUGCCUGCUGUCGCUGCUCGCAUCAAAGUCAUGACCAUCAACGAAUUUGUUGUUAUUGGUGCUGCGUACGCAUGUAGUGGUGUCCCGUGAUGUAUGAUACAAUAUGUAGACUGCUCGCUUUCACUUGACGAGUGUGGCGGGCAAGUUGUGAGCCUGACGCAAUAUUUGCCAUCUGUCUUGUCACAAUUCCUAUGUCUACGCUGGUGGUCGUGCCCCUCGACGGUGUGAUAUGUGAUGCCCUCGCCGCCAGGCGCAUGCCGCAUGCGUGCCUCCCUGAUGUGCGUCUUUGCGUCCUCACAGCGGGAAGACUUCACAUUUUGUUUCUUCGUGGGUGUGUGCAUGUGCAUCAACGGAAAAGAAACAACCGCGUGUAAAGUGUACAGUGCAAUUUUUUGAACGGGGCCGCACAUACAACAACCAUCGUUGUGCCCGUCGCACCCCUGCGGCCUGUCCCUCUGGUGCACGCGUAGCUGCACCACAAAUGAUUCACGCUGCUGUGUGUCGGGAUUCGUGCACCACUAUCAGCGUCGCAGAUAAGACUACUGUGGAGCGCAAGCUGCGCUGGUUCGGCGCCAACGAGUUCAUCUACGACGUGGACAGGGCCCCCAGGGGACACCUCCCUCUCACCAGCGCGUUGCGAGGCACCACCCUUCUCAAGGAGUUGAUGAUGCACCCGGUGUGGGAGACGGAGUGGGAGUGGGAGUAG